GGUAGCCUGUGGAAAAGCCUCCCGCAGGUUCCCCUUCCGUUCUGCCAGGCGACUUCCGCCCCAAGCCCCACAACAUGGAUGCUGUAGCCCACCCGCCGGGCGGCCGCUGAACAGUCUCUGAAGCUCGCUCCCUCGAGCGGCGGCCGGCCCUCCUCUCCACCCUCCCGUCCCGCUCUCGCCUCCUCGCGGCCCGCCGGCCCGGCCCUACAUGGGGGCGGGCCUCUGCAGCUCGGACUCGGCUUCCUGUUCAACAGAGGCUGCCUGGCGCUAGGCGGCGGCUACUUAACCCGCGCCCGCCUCGGUGCGGUACCGAGCCCGGGAGGAGGCUCCAGGGCCGCUUCUCGGGCGGUUGCGCCAAGCCGGGCUCUGCGCCGCCAUGGCCCCAGUGCAGCUGGAGAACCACCAGCUGAUCCCUCCGGGCGGCAGUGGCAGCGGCUCGGCGGCAGCCCCGGCUCCUCCGCCGCCGGGAUCCGCGGUGGCGGCAGCUGCGGCCGCGGCUAGCCCUGGUUACCGGCUUAGCACGCUCAUCGAAUUUCUUCUUCACCGGGCCUACUCGGAGCUCUUGGUGUUGACGGACUUAUUACCAAGGAAAUCUGAUGUGGAAAGGAAAAUAGAAAUUGUGCAGUUUGCUAGUCGGACACGUCAACUCUUCGUUCGAUUAUUAGCUUUAGUAAAAUGGGCUAAUGAUGCUGGCAAAGUAGAAAAGUGUGCGAUGAUCUCAAGCUUUUUAGAUCAGCAAGCUAUCUUGUUUGUGGACACCGCUGAUCGCUUGGCCUCCUUAGCUAGAGAUGCACUGGUCCAUGCACGCCUGCCUAGUUUUGCUAUCCCAUAUGCCAUUGAUGUGCUGACUACUGGCUCUUAUCCACGACUUCCAACCUGCAUCAGGGAUAAAAUUAUUCCUCCAGACCCAAUUACCAAAAUUGAGAAACAAGCCACACUUCAUCAACUUAAUCAGAUUCUUAGACAUAGGCUUGUAACAACAGAUCUUCCUCCACAGCUAGCAAAUCUUACAGUGGCAAAUGGCCGUGUGAAGUUUCGAGUUGAAGGAGAAUUUGAAGCAACCUUGACAGUAAUGGGUGAUGAUCCAGAAGUUCCAUGGCGCCUUCUCAAGCUAGAAAUUCUAGUUGAGGAUAAGGAAACAGGAGAUGGCCGAGCUUUGGUUCAUAGCAUGCAAAUCGACUUUAUCCAUCAGUUGGUGCAGUCUAGGCUCUUUGCUGAUGAGAAACCUCUUCAGGACAUGUACAACUGCCUACAUUGUUUCUGCUUAUCUCUUCAAUUAGAAGUGUUACAUUCCCAGACUUUGAUGUUAAUCCGAGAGAGGUGGGGUGACCUUGUACAAGUGGAAAGGUAUCACGCUGGAAAGUGUCUCUCUCUCUCAGUUUGGAAUCAACAGGUUCUAGGGAGAAAAACAGGCACAGCAUCUGUUCACAAAGUUACAAUUAAAAUUGAUGAAAAUGAUGUCUCCAAGCCUUUACAGAUUUUUCAUGAUCCUCCUUUGCCAUCUUCUGAUUCUAAAUUAGUAGAAAGAGCUAUGAAGGUCUGGCAUCUGAGAACUGUGGCAUAUAUAUCUCCAUAUCCAUGCUGUUACUUUGAGGCGGAAUCUCACUAUGAAGCUAUGAUUGACCACUUAUCAAUAGAAAAGCUCCUGAUUGAUAGUGUACAUGCAAGAGCCCAUCAGAAGCUGCAGGAACUGAAGGCCAUUCUUAGAAGCUUCAAUGCUAAUGAAAAUUCUUCCAUAGAGACUGCGCUUCCAGCUCUUAUUGUUCCCAUAUUGGAGCCCUGUGGUAAUUCGGAGUGCCUACACAUUUUUGUAGAUUUGCAUUCUGGAAUGUUCCAAUUGAUGCUUUAUGGUCUUGACCAGGCCACUCUCGAGGACAUGGAAAAAUCUGUGAAUGACGAUAUGAAGCGGAUCAUCCCUUGGAUUCAGCAACUUAAGUUUUGGCUUGGACAACAGCGUUGCAAGCAAUCUAUAAAACAUCUGCCUACAAUAACCACUGAAACGUUGCAGCUUUCCAACUAUUCAACGCAUCCCAUUGGAAACCUUUCUAAGAAUAAGUUGUUUAUUAAACUUACCCGCCUUCCACAGUACUACAUUGUUGUGGAAAUGCUUGAGGUUCCCAAUAAUCCCACUCAACUAUCGUACAAGUACUACUUCAUGUCUGUGAGUACUCCAGAUCGUGAAGACAGCCCUGUCAUGGCAUUGCUGCUGCAGCAAUUCAAGGACAACAUCCAGGACUUGAUUUCCUAUACAAAGACUGGGAAACAGACCGGAACGGGUACCAAGCACAAGUUGUCUGAUGACCCGUGUCCAGUAGAAUGCAAGAAAGCCAAACGAACAGGAGAAAUGUGUGCCUUCAAUAAAGUUCUAGCUCAUUUUGUCGCUAUGUGUGACACCAACAUGCCAUUUGUAGGACUUCGGUUGGAGUUGUCCAACCUGGAGAUACCACAUCAAGGAGUGCAAGUGGAAGGUGAUGGCUUCAGCCAUGCAAUUCGCUUACUAAAAAUUCCUCCCUGUAAGGGAGUAAAUGAGGAAACCCAAAAGGCCCUGGACCGCUCUCUUCUUGAUUGCACUUUCCGGUUACAAGGUAGAAAUAACCGCACAUGGGUGGCAGAAUUAGUGUUUGCAAACUGUCCGCUUAAUGGCACUUCUACCAGGGAGCAAGGACCAUCCCGGCAUGUUUACCUAACGUAUGAAAAUCUGUUGUCCGAACCUGUUGGUGGUAGAAAAGUAGUUGAAAUGUUUCUUAAUGACUGGAGUAGCAUUGCCCGAUUAUAUGAGUGUGUGUUGGAGUUUGCACGUUCUCUACCAGACAUACCUGCUCAUCUGAAUAUUUUCUCCGAAGUUCGUGUUUAUAAUUAUCGAAAACUUAUCUUGUGUUAUGGAACCACCAAAGGAAGCUCAAUUAGUAUCCAGUGGAAUUCUAUUCAUCAGAAAUUUCACAUUUCUUUGGGAACAGUUGGCCCAAACUCGGGGUGCAGUAACUGUCACAAUACCAUUCUCCAUCAACUUCAAGAAAUGUUCAACAAAACACCAAAUGUGGUUCAGUUGUUACAGGUGUUGUUUGAUACUCAGGCACCAUUAAAUGCCAUCAACAAACUCCCUACUGUGCCAAUGUUGGGCUUGACUCAGAGAACUAACACUGCCUACCAGUGUUUCUCCAUUCUCCCGCAGUCAUCCACCCACAUCAGAUUGGCCUUCAGGAACAUGUACUGCAUUGAUAUAUACUGCCGUAGUCGCGGUGUUGUGGCAAUACGGGAUGGUGCUUAUAGUCUUUUUGAUAACAGCAAGUUAGUUGAAGGUUUCUAUCCUGCACCAGGAUUGAAGACAUUCCUGAACAUGUUUGUUGACAGCAAUCAGGAUGCUCGGAGAAGAUCUAUAAAUGAGGAUGAUAACCCCCCUUCUCCUAUAGGAGGUGAUAUGAUGGACUCUUUAAUAUCACAGCUCCAGCCACCUCAGCAACAGCCAUUUCCAAAGCAGCCAGGAACUUCAGGUGCUUACCCUCUUACUUCACCUCCUGCGUCCUAUCACAGCACAGUUAAUCAGUCCCCCUCUAUGAUUCACACACAGUCUCCAGGAAAUCUGCAUGCUGCCAGCUCCCCCAGUGGGGCUUUGCGAGCCCCAUCACCAGCGUCAUUUGUUCCAACUCCUCCCCCAUCCUCGCAUGGAAUCUCAAUAGGACCAGGGGCCAGUUUUGCUAGUCCACAUGGAACCCUUGACCCUAGUUCUCCAUACACUAUGGUGUCACCAAGUGGACGAGCAGGAAACUGGCCUGGGUCUCCUCAAGUGUCUGGACCCUCACCAGCAACCCGUUUGCCUGGAAUGUCACCAGCCAACCCCUCUCUACAUUCUCCUGUUCCAGAUGCUUCUCAUUCCCCCCGAGCUGGCACAAGUUCCCAGACAAUGCCAACCAACAUGCCUCCACCUCGCAAACUACCUCAGCGCUCCUGGGCAGCAUCCAUACCCACCAUCCUCACUCAUAGUGCCUUGAACAUCUUACUAUUACCUUCUCCAACUCCGGGCCUUGUGCCUGGCCUGGCAGGCAGUUAUCUUUGUUCCCCACUUGAGAGAUUCCUUGGAUCUGUCAUCAUGAGACGACACCUUCAAAGAAUUAUUCAACAGGAAACGUUGCAACUGAUCAAUUCCAAUGAGCCUGGUGUAAUCAUGUUCAAGACAGAUGCCCUGAAAUGCAGAGUAGCUCUUAGUCCCAAAACCAACCAGACCCUUCAGCUAAAAGUAACACCUGAAAAUGCAGGACAGUGGAAACCUGAUGAGCUUCAAGUUUUGGAGAAAUUCUUCGAAACAAGAGUUGCAGGACCACCAUUUAAAGCCAACACACUUAUAGCCUUCACCAAGCUGUUGGGAGCACCAACACACAUCCUCCGCGACUGUGUGCAUAUUAUGAAGUUGGAGCUGUUCCCAGACCAAGCAACCCAGCUAAAAUGGAAUGUUCAGUUUUGCCUCACCAUCCCUCCCAGCGCACCACCAAUUGCACCUCCUGGGACACCAGCUGUGGUGUUGAAAUCCAAAAUGCUGUUUUUUCUUCAGCUAACUCAGAAAACAUCAGUCCCUCCCCAAGAACCUGUUAGUAUAAUAGUUCCAAUAAUUUAUGACAUGGCUUCAGGUACCACCCAGCAGGCAGACAUUCCCAGACAGCAGAACUCUUCUGUUGCUGCGCCCAUGAUGGUCAGCAACAUUCUGAAGAGGUUUGCAGAGAUGAACCCACCACGACAAGGUGAAUGCACAAUAUUUGCAGCUGUUCGUGAUUUAAUGGCUAAUCUUACACUGCCCCCUGGUGGGCGUCCAUAGACACUAUUUUUAAACCAGGAAGGCUGACAAAUGAAAAACAACACACACACAAAAAAGGCUGAAUUUAGCCUUCAAUUUUUAAAAGGAAAAGGACUUUUUAAAAAAUAAAUAAAUAAAUAAAAACCUUAAGAGCUAAAUAUUCUAAACUGGCAAAACUUUUCAGGGUGCACUUCUUUCAUCAAAAAGACCAUCAAUCUUUUGUAUAGUGAACUUGUAUAGUAUGUUUAAAUGCGAGACAUUUCAAACUAGGUAACAAAUCAGUGUCCGCUUGCCAGUAAUAGAUUUAAUAUUCUGUUUUAUACUAUAAAGUAAUGAAAAUGCCAAACUUGUUUAUUUAAUUGUUUUCUUAUGUUUUGGGUAUAAUGGUCUUUUUUGAUUUUUGAGGUUUGUUUUUUUAAGGCAGGUCUGUCGUUUUUGAAUACUGUAAAACUGUGACAAGCUUUAUAUUGAAGUUGUAUUUUAAUAUGACCGCUUUGAAUCCUUACACAAAAAUGUUUUGGGAGCUGUUAAACAUAUCCCAAAGAAGCAAUAUUGAAUAAAACUAGGAUAUGAAAGUGACACUCACUGGUGUGUGUAUAAGCUCUCUAGAGUUCUUAGGGCCUCCCUUCAUCUUUAACCUGGUGGGGCCAGUCAGUUUUUAAAUUACAUAUGUCUGAAAUUUUACCAAAAACAUUUUUUGUUUUAAGGUUAAUGUAGUUUCUUCAGACAUUCCUAACUGGUGAUAACAUUUAGCACCUUGGUUGUUUUUCAGUAUAGGAUUUGGGUAAAAUGAAAGAACUUUGUUUUUGAAAAGAGACAGUAAGUGAUUUAUAAUGAUCAAGGAUCCCAAAUAAUGCAGUUAUUCUCAUGUGUGAAGAAAUGGGAACCUUUUUGCUAGGAAAAUGUCAUGUAAAGGACACUUCUGCAUACAGCAUGAACUAGGAAGAAAGAACUUGAAUGCUCUAGUUUGCAUGAAGUUUCAGUGACAUUUCUUUAUCUUAUUUAACUUCUUACCUUCCCCAACACAAUUGGGGUUGUUCUGAGCAAUCUCAAUUUAAUUAAUUGUCAGCAAAGCAAUAGGAUAUUUUGCUGGACACAGCCUGGUCCAGUUCACAGUGCAGGGCCUGUCUAGGGUCCAGUGGAGUUUCUGGCACUGGUACCUCUCAAUAGGAUUUCUUUCUAGAGUACUAUACUGUCUCUUACAGCCAGUCAGGGCUUUUUAAGCUUUGAUGAAUAUUAUCUGAUUCAAAUGUCUUCUGAUUACUUGAUGUUAUUUGGAGCAGUAUUUUUGUUUUUGUUCUAUGUGUUUUAAUGAUAACCAUUCUGAGUUAUAUCUAGCCAAUGUAAUAUGGUCCUCGAUGAAAUUUUAGAUGUUUGUCUGAUUCCAUUUGAAGAUGAUUAUUGGGAUUCUAGAACAAUAACCAUCAGAUUCUGGUUUUAAGCAUCUCACUGCAUCUGUAUCAUAUAUGCUCAACUUUGCUUGAAUCUUCGUUUCCAGUUAGAGUUGAGGCCUUCUUUGUCUUCUGUGUUUCAUUUUUGCCUUUAUCUCCUGCUUUUCACCCAUCUCUGACACUUUUCCAGAGUAGGUGACUAAACUUUUAUUCUUCCUUUAACCUAACCCUUUUCUCCUUCUGUUUUCAGUUCUCUUCACAGUGGUAAUCACAAGGGUUUGGCAAUCUAAGAUGGCUUGAUCAGGAGUCAGCCCUUUUCUGUUGGGAGCUGAAUCCUAUCUUUCAUGUAGAAAUCUACAUGUAUAUACAAGAAAUGUAUUUUUAUCUGCAGGAUAUUGUUUCAAAUAAUUUUAUUAAUAGAAUUCACUUUUCAGGUAUUUUCUCUUUCAAGUCUGGUUUUGAAAUGUUAAUUGCAUUUUUAUACAU